AUGGGGAAAGGAACCGAUAAACUCUAUAUUACACACUCCGAAUGGGCCUCGUCCGAUGCAUACUCAGCUUCAGCAGGCGCGGGCGUCCGCGCUGACACUAGCGGUCAUGCGUACUUCAAGCGACUACCCUUCAACUUCUGCGCCUUGAGCCUCCAGCCCUUUACCACUCCCGUAUGCACAUCCGAAGGCAUCAUCUUCGACCAUGAGAACAUUAUACGGUGGCUUCUAAAACAUGACACCAAUCCUACCGAUGGCAAGCCGCUUAAGCAGCAAGACCUGAUAAAAUUGAACUUUGCGAAGAACGAUGGCGGGGAGUAUGUCGAUCCAGUCACCUACAAGGUCUUCACGGACAACACACACAUCGUCGCCAUUAGACAUGGCGACUCGGCCAAUGCCUUCGCAUAUGAUACGGUGGAAAGGCUGAAUAUCAAGGCGAAAAUGUGGCGCGACUUGGUCUCCGACGAGGAAUUCUCCAGAAAAGACAUCAUCACACUACAGGACCCGCAGAACAUCGAGUCCCGGAACCUCAGCUCGUUCAAGUACCUGAAAGAAGGAGAAGACUCUGGCAUACCCAAGGAAGAAGCAUCCAUCAAUUCAGCCUCAUUAGGUAGUGCUGCGGAUCUGAAGAUUAUGAAAGCCAAGGAAGCCCUGGCUAAAGCCCGAGCCGAGCGUGCAAAUGCCCAAUCACUCGGUGCAAAAGACAAAUUACAAACCUCCAACGUCUCGAGAAAGACCACAACAGUCUCAACGUCCAGACCAACACCAUACAACGCAACAGGUCAUACAACUGGACUGGCAGCGGCAUCGUUGACCUCCACGGGCGUGACGCCGCACACAUCAGCUGCUUUGGCCCUGAUGUCCGACGAAGAAUAUCUGCUGAAGCGCGGCCGCGUCAAAGAGAAAGGCUAUGUCCGUCUCUCUACGACCGUGGGCGAUCUCGGCCUCGAACUUUACCCAGAAUACGCCCCGAAGGCGGUCUGGAACUUCAUUCGUCUAGCUCAAAAGGGGUACUACAACGGGAUAAUCUUCCACCGAAACAUCCGCAACUUUAUGAUACAGACGGGCGACCCGACCGGGACCGGGCGCGGCGGCGCAAGCAUCUGGGGCAAGAACUUCGAGGACGAGAUUGAAGGCCCGCUCAAACACAACACGAGGGGCGUCGUUUCCAUGGCGAACAAAGGCAAGAACACGAAUAGUAGUCAAUUUUUCGUCACCUACCGGGCCACGAGCCACCUGGACAGGAAACAUACCAUUUUCGGACGCGUGGUUGAGGAUGACGGGACGUCAAUGAACGUGCUGAAGAAACUCGAAGACACACCUGUGGAUGCGAACGAUAGACCGAAAGAAGAGAUUAAGAUCCUCGAAGCAGUUGUGCUGAUUGAUCCAUUUGAGGAGUUUUGGAAGAACAAGGCGGAAAAGGAGCAGACUGAGAAAGAUAAAGAGGAGCGAAGGAAAGAUGAUCGGACGACGUGGACCGGGAAACGGAUACGAAAUGAUGGGACGAUCGAGACUGACACUGGUGGUGGCGUGGGAAAGUACCUGAAAGCAGCGACGGCGAAGAACACCCAGCCUAACGAGGAGGAUGAGAUCGUCGAGUUCAUUGAUGAGCCCGAGGAACCGGUACGGAAGAAGAUCAAAGGUGGUGGCUUUGGGAAUUUCGAUAACUGGUGA